UGUCUGUGUGUUUCUGCCGCAGAUCUUUCCUGGACAGAGAGUCUCAGCUGCACAGAUCCGGCGGCCCCCAGGCGCGGGCGGAGGGGCACCGCGGUUUGAGGCACUCACUCCUCCUCAUCCCUUCCUAGAGAAGCCACUCAGCCUCAGCGGGGCGCUCGGCGACUUCAGCUGACCGGUCUGCCCGGCCACGGCAAGAGCGUUGGCCAUUGGAGUGUGCGGCUGCGGAGGGAGGGGACCCCGCCUCGAGUAAAUUGAGAGCGCGACGCCGUCAGUCCCGGGCAGCAGCAAGAUGCCGAGCGCUCAGUGCAGACCCGGAGCUCCGCGAACGCAGCUGCGUCCCGCCUGAGCCAGGCUGUGGUUUCCGAGGCCCUCUCCAGCUUAAGAAAACCUUCACAAAAAAAGCCUGGAUCUCUCUCCUUGAACCACCCCGGCUGCCUGUGAAGGCUCGCUCCGCUUCGCCCUCUAGCGUUCAUCUGCAGAAGCGCCGCCCCGGGUGUCGGGACCGUGCGCAUCAUGGGGUCCACCCGCAUCCCGCUGGUCAAGGCCCUCCACAGCCCUGUCUCCGACUAUGUCAACUACGACAUCAUUGUCCGGCAUUAUAACUACACGGGAAAGCUGAAGAUCAGCGCGGACAAGGACAAUGGCAUUAAACUGAUCUCAGUGGUGUUCAUUCUUAUCUGCUGCUUUAUCAUCCUAGAGAACAUCUUUGUUUUGCUGACCAUCUGGAAAACCAAGAAGUUCCACCGACCCAUGUACUAUUUUAUCGGCAACCUGGCCCUCUCAGACCUGUUGGCGGGAGUGGCCUACACAGCCAACCUGCUCUUGUCUGGAGCCACCACCUACAAGCUAACCCCCGCCCAGUGGUUUCUGCGGGAAGGGAGUAUGUUUGUGGCCCUCUCGGCCUCCGUGUUCAGCCUCCUGGCCAUCGCCAUUGAGCGCUACAUCACUAUGCUGAAGAUGAAGCUCCACAAUGGGAGCAACCGGUUCCGCUCCUUCCUGCUCAUCAGCGCCUGCUGGGUCAUCUCCCUCAUCCUGGGGGGCCUGCCUAUCAUGGGCUGGAACUGCAUCAGCACGCUGCCCAGCUGCUCCACCGUGCUGCCGCUCUACCACAAGCACUAUAUCCUCUUCUGCACCACGGUCUUCACCCUGCUCCUGCUCGCCAUUGUCGUCCUGUACUGCAGGAUCUACUCCCUGGUCAGGACUCGCAGCCGCCGUCUGACCUUCCGCAAGAACGUUUCCAAGGCCAGCCGCAGCUCGGAGAAGUCGCUGGCACUGCUCAAGACUGUGAUUAUUGUCCUGGGCGUCUUCAUCGCCUGCUGGGCGCCACUCUUCAUCCUGCUCCUGCUCGACGUGGGCUGCAAGGUGAAGACCUGUGACAUCCUGUUCAGAACGGAGUACUUCCUGGUGUUGGCUGUGCUCAACUCCGGCACCAACCCCAUCAUUUACACUUUGUCCAACAAGGAGAUGCGUCGGGCCUUCGUCCGGAUUAUGUCCUGCUGCAAGUGCCCCAGCAGAGACUCCGCGGGUAAAUUCACACGACCCAUCAUCGCGGGCAUGGAAUUCAGCCGCAGUAAGUCAGACAACUCCUCCCACCCCCAGAAGGACGAUGGGGACAACCCCGAGACCAUUAUGUCUUCUGGAAACGUCAACUCUUCUUCCUAAAAGGGGGAAACUGCUGACCCAUGGGGAGUGUUCUUGCGUGGUCACCCGCCACCCCAGUGUUUGGGGAGAAAAAAUAAAAACCAGCCAAGCCUCUGUGCCUCCACUGCUGCCGGGGAGGAGCUGUCGGAAGCCAGAGGGAGGGUGAAGGAGCACAGAACAGCCUGGUAGUGCCUGGUGUUGGUGGGUAGACUUAGUUCCUGUGAACAAUGCACUGGGAAGGGUGGAGAUCAGGUCCUCGCCUGGAAUCUAUUUCCUCCCCUUGCCGGAGCUUUGAUUUUGCACUGAGCCAAAGGUCUAGCAUUGUCAAGCUCCUGAAGCGUUCGUUUGGCCCCUCCUCAAAGACUAAUGUCCCCGUGUGAAAGCGUCUCUGACGCGAGCUUUGAGGAGAUGUUUUCUUUCACUUUAGUCUCCAACGCAAGUGAGUGUGUGCACUUCUGCUUCGCUGGGUAUGCUCUACAUACCUACUAUGCUGGGCACCCUCCCUUCCCCUUCACACCCUCCUCAGAAUACCUUUACUUUAUGUUUUGACUACCUGGCAUUCAGAGCUGGGGGUGUGGCACGGUCCAAUCUUGAGCAUGUGUAGCAGGUAGGCUGCAUCCAGCAGGCAGACUGUGGUGGAGAUAGUUUGGAGCUGGAAAGCAAUUUUACUUUCUGAGGCCAAAGUUUCCAUGUAAGCUGGAUGAGUGUUUUUGAAUUUAAUUGCAGUCACUUUAAAAAAAAAAAAACCUUUGCAAUGAAAUGUGUUGCAGUAUCAUAUCCAUCGAGGCUGAAAUCUGCAUAAGGAAGUCCCAUUUAUUUAAAUGACAUCAGACAGUAUCCUUAGUGUCAUAGGAGAAACAAACAAGCAAAAGAAGGUGAAAACUGACUCGGGGUUGGGGGGUGACUUUGUAAACCAAGAGAGUUUUUUUUUUUUAACGAGUUUAUCUAACAAUACAGCAUCUAUCAUUGGCACUUUUGUUGAUGUUUCUUUCAGAGUGUUGUAGGAACCAUUUCAAGCAACAGGAUGGCUGUGUUUUGUUGUGUUAAAAGUACUUUGUGUAAUCUUUGAAUGUAUUUGUUUCAGUAUUUUAUUGGAUUUUCCUAACCUGUGUUAACACCAUUGAAUGUGCAUUUCUUGAGAAAAUACCACCCUUUUGUGACCUUAAAGCAUUACUUUAACUGGUAGGGAACAUGACAAGUUUUUCAGUACAUUAAAUAGUUAAUUGAAGAUGUAUAUAAAUGUCACAAAGAAUAAAAAUAUAUUGGUGUCUGUGUAGUAUGGUUUCCAGUGCAAUUAAAUCAAGAAAUGUCUUUAAAAAAAUAGUAUUUAAUAGGUUUCUGACAAUGUGGAUCAUUUUGCACAUAGCUUUAUCAACUUUUAAACAUU